GAGAACGAAAGUGAAACAGUAAAGAAGAUGGAUGAAUUUCGCUACUCCUGUCUCGUGUGUUUCUCUGCUUUAUAACUCCUGACAGAUACCACAUCCUAGUUUCAAGGAAGUGUAGUUGAGCUGCUGUGUGUUUGUAUCUCAAUUCAUUCAGUAAAAUGGCAGAAGCCAGAAUUUUUCAGGAUGAGUUCAUCUGUCCAGUGUGUUUGGAUUUACUGAAAGAUCCAGUGACCAUCCCCUGUGGACACAGUUACUGUAAGAGCUGUAUUGCAGGCUGCUGGGAUCAGGAGGAUGAGAAGAGAGUCUACAGCUGCCCUCAGUGCAGACAAACCUUCAGUCCAAGACCCGCUUUAGGUAAAAACACCAUUCUGGCUGAAAUGGUUGCGAAACUGAAGAAGACUAAACUUCCUGCUGCCUGUCAUGCUGUAGCUGGUGAUGUGCAGUGUGACAUCUGUACUGGAAGAAAAUACAAAGCCGUCAAGUCCUGUGUGGUGUGUCUGAACUCUUACUGUCAAACUCAUCUUGAACAACAUGAGAAUUUCUUUAAAGGAAAGAGACACAACUUGAUGGAUGCCACUGGACGACUUCAGGAGAUGAUCUGCCAUAAACAUAAUAAGCUUCUCGAGGUUUUCUGUCAUACUGAUAAAAAGUAUAUUUGCGUGCUAUGUACGAUGGAUGAACAUAAAAACCAUGACACUAUAUCGGCUGCAGCUUUGAGGACAGAGAAACAGAGUCACUUGAAGGAGAUGCAAAGAAAGCUCCAGCAGAGAAUCCAGCAGAGAGAAAAAUAUCUUCAGAAGCUGAGAGAUGCUGUGAAGUCUCAUAAGCGCUCUGCACAGGCAGCAGUGAACAACAGUGAGAAGAUCUUUACUGAGCUUAUUCGCUCCAUUGAGAGAAGUCGCUCUGAGGUCACACAGCUGAUCAGAGAUCAGAAAAGGGCCACAGUGAGUCGAGCUGAAGGACUCUUGAAGCGACUGGAGCAGGAGAUUGCUGAUCUGUGGAGGAGAGACACUGAGCUGAAGCAGCUUUCAUACACACAAGUUCACAUCCACUUCCUCCAGAGUUUCCAGUCUCUCUCAGCACAUCCUGAACCUACAGCUGUACCCAAUAUUCCCCUCAGCUUUCCAACUUUUGAUGGUAUAAGAGAAUCUGUUUGUCAGCUGAGAGACAAACUUGAGAAUUUCUGCAAACAGGAGAUCAAAAAGAUAUCUGACAGAGUCACAUUCACCAAUAUUCUUACCAGGCCCAGAAACGACUUCCUACAAUAUUCCCAUCAGCUCACUCUGGAUCUAAAUACAUUAAAUGAAAACCUUCGUCUGUCUGAGAACAGAGUGAUUACUUACACUGACACAGUCCAGCCGUAUCCUGAUCAUCCAGACAGAUUUGAUGAAUCUAAUUUUCAGGUGUUGUGUAGAGAGAGAGUGUGUGGACGCUGUUACUGGGAGGUUGAGUGGAGUGGGGGUUAUGGUGUGUAUAUAUCAGUGUCAUAUAAGAGCAUCAGCAGGAAAGGAGGGGAUAAGAAGUGUUUGUUUGGACAUAAUGAUCAGUCCUGGAGUUUGUACUGCAUUGACUCCAGUUGUUCAUUCAUACACAAUAACAAACAGACCCGUCUCCCUGUGGUGUGCAGCUCUUCUAGAAUAGGAGUGUAUGUGGAUCUCAGUGCAGGAACUCUGUCCUACUACAAUGUCUCUGACAAAAUGAGCCUCAUCCACACAGUCCAGACCACAUUCACUCAGCCUCUCUAUCCUGGGUUUUAUGUUUGUUAUGGCUCAUCAGUGAAACUGUGAAAAGGUACUGGUAAUUUUCUGCCAGGACAUUUUCUGUUAAGUUUAUGACAUUUCGCCACCUUGGAAUUAUAAGGUUCUAUCUGCGUUCUGAGCAGUUUUGAGAAAUUGAGCUUCAAAAUUUUUGCAUUCCAUACUCAGACAAAACUUUAUAAUUUCAAAGUGAUGAUUUCCUUUAACCCUAAAACGUAACACAAUCCAGUACGUAGUUUAAAAUUAAGGUAAUGUCACGGAUGGUGUUGGGUUUUGUUUCAUAUUUAUAGUUUCAUGUCUCCUAUUUUGUAAAUAGUCAUUAGGCUCGUUCGACUUCAUGCAGUGCCGCAAAGAUCGGCUGCCACCUGACAAAAGCAAUGCAUUCUGGUUAGAAAAUUUGUCUGACUUUGAAUGGCACUGCAGCCGCCUUACGAACACGUGCCAUCUAAGUACCACGAGAGCAAAACGAGACCAAGCACCUAGGUCAGGCGCUGAAGUUGCUUAAAACAGGCUGCGAAAGCUUUGAUGACGACACACUUUAUUCUUAUUGGUCAGAUUCUGUGAUGACAAGGACGACGUGUGUUGCGUGUUUUUCUUAGACAAGUUCCUGUAUUUAACCAAUCUUGAUAGCGAAUAUCUGAUAUUCAAACAAAACAGACAAAACAAAUUAACAAAAAUUAAGAUUACGCUAUAUAGUAAAUAUAUAUUCUUAUUUCAAUCACAUCCACUUCUUCGGCUACAAUCAACGCAAAAAUCACUUGGUCUGCCAUGAAUGACGUUGGUUCAGCACACUACGGAAAGCAUGAAGUGUCCGACCUGACGGCCAUAUGACAUCAAAGUACCGCGAGAGCGUUUGGAGAGCAUACGACUCCUUAUGCUUUUGAAUCAAUCUCGCGGUACUUUGAUGUCAUACGCCGAUCGGUCUGCACAGCGCCGACGCAUCUCAAACAAGCCUUUUGGUUCAUUGGUUUGAUUGUGCACAGGUGUUCCUUGUUUUUCAUUAAUCCUUGUGUAUUUAAAAGGUGCUGUAUGCGAGUUCUCAAAUUCGUUGUUGAACACUGUUGAUAUUUGAAAUCAACCCAAACAAACCAACCCCUCUCUUUAUUGCUCCGCCUCCAAAACUCACACUACAAUACUAACCACUCUGCUCGUGUCGGUCUCGAACCCCGGCCCGAUCACUGCUGGUAUGCGAGGCGAAUACAUUACCAAUGACGCUAAACACCUCAUUCUCUAGCAGGAGUCAGUGUGCAGUGGUUUAACUGCAAAACUCUCACUAUCUGGCCACUGUUACACACGCAAUGCAAGUGGAUGUCUGUUUAUCACAGCUGAAGCGCAACAAAAUGCUUCACGAAAAAUAAAGUACAGAUAAUGAACAAACGACAAGGAAGCACAAAAAAUGAAUGUACAGUACACAAGAGUAAAUACAAUCAAGAGUUUGUGUCAGCGCUGGAAAGCUUUUCUAAUAUAAACGCAGGUCCUAACGCGCUUGCCCAGUCAUAAACCUUCAUUUCAGUGAUAUUCUUUUGAGCUGUUUUGUAUUGGUGUCUCUCGUUCUGCAGUUUUUUUUUUUUCUUAUUUUAAAAUAUCCCUCUUGCUCGUUCUCUCUUCUCGUCCAUCAUACGACCCAUAAUGCUGAUUGGUUACAUGUUUAUUGUUGGUUUCGGCCGACUAACUUCCAAACAGUGUAAUUGAAAUAAUACUGAGUCCACCUUUAAGCCCUCAUGUUUGCCAUGCGUCCUUGUCAAGUAUUGUCACAUGUAACCGGUGUUUGUGAGUUUUCUGUUUUAGUUCUUGUUUUGUUCAUGGUUAUGUUAAAUAAACUGCACUUGGGUUCUAAGCAACUUGCCUUCAGUGGAUCCAUUACAGGUAAAACACCUGUAAUGGAUCCACCUGUAAUAGAUGCAAUUGCAGGUUUCAAACAGAGAUGGCGACAAAGAGGCAAAACUUACUGACUGCAGCUUUAAAUAAAUACUAUACCUUCUGUCACUUAAAGAACUUGUCAGAAUAAAGGCCUUUUCAUAUAAGCAAGUAAGUUUGGUCCGGUUGUGUGUGCGACAUGUCCGUUGUGUGAAAAAAAAAAAACAGAGUACGGGCUUAAUGAAAAUGCACAUUUGCAUUUUUAGGGUAUAUUUACAUGACAAUGAUGUACUAAAAACUUUUCCUUUGCGUUUUUCUCGUACAGACGACAAAUUUGUCAAAACGAUCCCUGUUCACACGGAUCCGCGAAAAAGACUAAAAUGCUAUAUUAGGCCAGUAGUUGGUGAUGUCAAUUUGUAAAUAAACACUAUGAGCCUAACUUGUAGUUAAAUUGAAACCUGUUUUCAAAAGUUUGCAUUUUCAGGCAUCCAAAACGCUACUGUAGUGUAAAUGAAUGACCAAAACGCAUUUUCAGUUUUUAGUUAAAAACUCUUCCUGUUGAAAACUCUUCCUGUCAAUAUGUUUCCUUGGUUACUUAUGAUUGUCACCUGUAUCUUGUUUAGUUUCUCGUAUUCCCUGUGUGUGUGUAUAUAUAUGCUUCCUCAGUGCAGUGUCUGAUUUUGCUUGCGUUUUUCUUUCCCUUUGGAUUGUACUUUUCAUUUGCCUCCUGGAAUAUUUUGUUUAAAUAAAUGCUGCAAUUAGAUCCAUA